AUGGCGUUCGGCCAGAUUGCCUUCGGCUACCCAGCUUCCAUCAUUGGCGUCACGCUGGCACAGCCCAGUUUCCUCGUAUACAUGGGCUUGUUGGAUAUUACACAGGAUCCGCCAGCUUUGGCCGCAGGCGCCGACGUUAAGAUUGGUGCCAUGUCAGGAGUGUUCCAGGCUGGCGCUGCAAUUAAUGUUUUCAUUGCUAGCUGGGUAGCCGACAAAUGGGGUCGCAAAGCCGCCCUCUAUGAGUGCGGGCUCUUGUCACUCUUUGGCGGUGCCCUACUUUGCGGUGCAAGGAACGCGCCCAUGUUCAUCGUCGCUCGACUCUUUGCUGGUGGUGGAAGCUGGGGCUAUCUCGCAGUAACGCCAUUCUACUCUGCAGAACUAGCACCCCCUGGCCUUCGGGGUCUUAUGGUUGGAAUGAAUGGUGUCAAUAUCGCUUUGGGGUACGGCUUGGCAUCCUAUAUGGGUCUUGCCUUUUACUUCGUCGACGCCCCUGACGCACAGUGGCGAGCUCCACUUGGAAUCGCCUUGAUCUGGCCUGUAAUGAUGUGCUUGGUGUGUCUCGUUAUCCCAGAGUCCCCAAGAUUUCUCCUCAUGAAAGGUCGUAUCGAGGAGGCGAGAGAGGUAGUUUUCAAGCUCCACGCGAGGAAGGAUGACCCGGACAAUGCAUUUGCUCGCAGUGAGUUUUAUCAGAUGACCAAGCAGGCGGAGAUUGAUCGAGAACUGGAACCGGGUUGGAUGGAGAUGUUCCGUCGCCCCAGCUACCGAAAGAGAUCUUUCAUUGCUAUGGGAUUCGCUUUCAUUGGACAGUCCACGGGAGUUCUUGUACUGAACAAUUAUGGCCCGACAAUAUAUGCCUCUCUAGGCUUUGACACUCUAUACCAAUUGAUCUUCCAGUGUGGCUGGAUCACCGUUGGUAUCAUCGGCAAUAUCAUCGGGGCUUUGAUCAUGGAUUGGACUGGCCGAAAGCCUUUGAUGGUGGCUGGUGUUGCAGGAUGCUGCAUAUCACUCAUCCUAGAAGCAGCAAUGGUCAGCUCGUUCGCAGAAGAAGGCACCAACAAAGCCGGCCUCCGGAUGGGAGUGGCUGCGGCGUAUCUCUUUUUACUGAUCUACAGCAUUGGUGUCGACGUCGCAGGAGUGGUCUUCUACUCCGAGCUGUUCCCGAAUCAUAUAAGAGCCAAAGGACUGGCACUUAGUAUUGCAGUAAUUGCUCUUACGGAUCUGGUUUAUUUGCAAGUAUCGGCAACCGCAUUUGCCAGUAUCGGCUGGAAAUUCUACCUUGUCUUCAUCAUCAUAUCCGGGCUCGGUGCUAUCAUUGCCUGGUUCGUUCUUCCCGAGACGAAAAAUAUCCCCCUUGAAGAGAUGGCCAAACUGUUCGGUGAAGACGUCGCAGUUUACGCCCAGGAUCUCCACUUCGACAGCAACACGCACGAGCUUGUUGUCGAUGAACAUGGGAAUAGCCAGAUACAUAAGAUUGCAACCGAGGUUUAUGAGCCGCAUCACGCGACGAAGGAUGUUGAAAAGGCCUCAGCUACACAUGAACAUACCACUAACCAAGUUGCCAAGGUCUGA